AUGAAAAAGAGCUCAUACGUCGUUGCCAGUGUGAUUAUCUGUGGUGCUUGCCGCUUCUCAGUUAGUUGGGGACUUCGUUGCUGGGCCCGACUAAGAGCCGGCGGAAGCUGUGCCCUGAGCAGCAAGCGUUUUCGGGAUACCGCGGAGGAAGCCAGCACCCGCGACCUCGUCCGAGGCUCCGGAUGCCCGAUGGUGGUCGCCGGUGCCGUUUGUUGCCUCCACUCGUCACAACGCAGUCUCCAGACUCAAAUGGCGGUGUGUUUCUGUUGCUGUAGAAUGGCAAAAAUGACCCACCGGCUACUCGGAUGCAAGACUACAAAAAGUGAUCCAAGCAUUGAGAGUGGACAGGUGGAGGCCUCGCGAUGCUUCCCAGUCAAAGGUGGAGUGAGAACAAGAUGA